UGCAGCGGGCGAGUGGGAGUGGUGGCGGCCGUAUGGAGCGGGGAGAGGUGCGGCGGCUGGGCGCGCGGCUGGGCCUCACGCAGCCCGGCGUCAUCAGAAAAGCAGAAGAGUACCUGCGGCUAUCCCAGGUGAAAUGCACGGGAUUGAUGGCUCAGAUGACAGCUACAAGUGGUGCUGUGAUGUGCCUGGACCUAGCAGCUAGCUUCAUGAAACAGCCAGUUGACAAAAGCUGUUUCGUUAAACUCUCUGGCUUGAACAAGACUACCUACCAGAGCUCCAUGAAGUCUUUGGAGUGUUUGCUAGAGGUGAACCCCAGACUGAGAAUGCGAGACUUGGCUGUGCAGUUUUGUUGCACAGAGGCAGUGAACACUGCUUCAGAAAUACUCCAGAGGUAUGAAUCCAGCCUCCCUGAAGCACAGAAAAUGGACCUUGAUUUCUCAAAACCACUCUUUGUAACGGCUGCACUAUUCACUGCAUGCAGGUAUUUGAAGCUAAAAGUGGACAAAACUAAAAUGUUGGCUAUAUCUGGGGUGAAAAAAGCAAUAUUUGACCGACUCUGCAAUCAGCUGGAGAAGAUGAACCAGCAGCUCAGCAAAGAAGACGUUCCAGUGGUUGCAGAGAAACCUGAAAGCUUUCAGACCAAUCGGAAGCACUGCGAGAAAGAAGAUGGAUCUGAAGAUGAUGAGGAGAUGCCAUGUAAACAGCCGAAGACUGAAACAAAGCAAGACUAUGAAGAAUGGAAAAAGAAAAUCCUGGAAAAUGCUGCUAAGGCACAAGAGGCAAGUAGGAGUGUGUCUGUAGCGCCACUUAGAAAUGUAUCUUCUCCUUGCUCAGAAUUUUAACUCUCCCUCUGCUCUAACAAGAGACCUUGUAGCAUAUGAGUGAUGGCUGUCUGGUAGCCAGCUUACUUAUUAGAUAAUUUUAAAGAAUGUUAUUUUUAGUAAAUGACACAACAGUUGAGGCAAUCUUACAAGGGACAUGUCUGACUACUCGCCAGGCUCCUACCUGAGCAGCUAUGGCAUUGUGUGGUAGGACAGCCUCAUUCUUUCACUGCAAAAAGCAGGUAACAUUUUAAUGCUGUAAGUUCUAAGUUAUAUGCACCUGGGCCCCUGCCUGGAAGUAGUGGAAAAAAAAAGAGGGAGGGGACUAAGUGCCUUGUUAGUAGAGAAAUUAAGACUGAUGAAUUUUUAUUAUAUUUUGUACUGUUGAAGAAACAUUGUUUUGUCACUGAAUUUGAUUUAUUUUUCAUGACCAAUACGGAACUGAAGUCUCUUGUGGUUGUAAGGGGUCCCAGAUAUUCCAAGAAACAAUAAAAACAGUAGAAAGAAAAGGUUCUUGGCACUUGUCAUGUAUAAACCUCUUAGAAUGCAAAAUGAAACACAAACAGGUGA